AUUGCUCACGUCCCUUUCCCCCUCUGUCCGUUUCCCUCCCCUCCCUUCUUAUAGAGCCAAUGCUGGUGACCACUGAGGCAUAUUUAAAGAGUGCAGGAGCCCUCCAGUUCAGAUUCUUCAUCAAGCCAAACAAGACAAGACAACCUAAUCCGGUAACACUUCAAACCCAAGGAUGCCGAACUGGGGAGGUGGCACCAAAUGUGGUGCUUGUGACAAGUCGGUGUAUCAUGCUGAGGAAAUCCAGUGCAAUGGCAGGAGUUUUCACAAGACAUGCUUCCACUGCAUGGCUUGCAGAAAAGCUCUGGACAGUACUACAGUAGCAGCUCACGAAUCUGAAAUCUAUUGCAAAACGUGUUAUGGGAGAAAAUAUGGCCCCAAAGGUAUUGGGUUUGGACAAGGGGCAGGGUGUCUCAGCACUGAUACUGGCGAACAUCUAGGCUUGGAUCUGCAACACUCACCAAAGCCUGCUCGUCCUUCUACGCCUACCAACCCUUCAAAGUUCGCCAAAAAGUUUGGAGAUGUGGAUAAGUGCCCCCGCUGUGGCAAAUCAGUAUAUGCUGCAGAGAAAAUAAUGGGAGGAGGGAAACCUUGGCAUAAGACUUGCUUCCGUUGUGCUAUUUGUGGAAAGAGCCUAGAAUCUACAAAUGUUACAGACAAGGAUGGAGAAAUCUACUGUAAAGUUUGCUAUGCAAAGAAUUUUGGUCCUAAAGGAAUUGGGUUUGGUGGCUUCACUCAAGUGGAAAAGAAAGAGUGAAACUUUCUAUAUCAGACACAUUUCAUACUUCUGUUGAUGCCACAGAUUGAUUGUUUGCCAAGUAAAACAGUGAUGCACUGAUAAGAACCUGGGGCAUUUUAAAAUAAUUUAUGCUUCU